UUACAGCCUUACAUAGGUAUCAUAUCAUUGUUUUUGGAAAGAAUUAGAAAAUUAACAAAUGUUGUACAUGUACUCAUUAUGUUGCCAAACAUGUAGGUUUACAAGUGCAUUGAGAUGCAACAGUUUAUUGUGAAAUAGAGGAAAUUAUAACAACUGGAAAGGGAACUUCUUAAACCACCCUGUAUAGUGAACUUCCUUUUCAGGGUUUAGGCAGUGUUUAUUAAGCCUUAAACGCACCAUUAAACGGCACAUCAAAUCAAAAGGCAGUACUAGUCAUGUCUGAUGGCCCUGGGCAUUUUGAUUUGGAGGAUGAUGAUGAGUGCUGGGCACGGCUGGAGGACUACAGAAUGCUCCUCAUUAAGACCAUUGAGCCAUCAAGGAUAACACCUUAUUUGAGACAGUGUAAAGUGUUGAGUGGAGAGGACGAGGAACAGAUCUACAAUGACCCCAGUCUGGUAAUAAGACGCCGAAAAGUUGGGGUCUUGCUUGACAUUUUACAAAGAACUGGGCUCAAAGGAUAUGAGGCAUUUUUAGAAAGCUUGGAGCUAGACUAUCCAGAGAUUUAUCGCAAGAUCACUGGCAAAGAGCCUGCUCGGGUAUUUUCUGUGCUUAUUGACACCGCAGGCGAAUGUGGCCUUACUCAGUUCCUCAUGAACGAAGUGUCUCGUCUACAGAAGCUCGUAAAGGACGAGCGAAGCGCGAGGCUUGAGUUGUCUGUGCAGGCAACGGAGCAGCUUGACACCAUUCGCCAGCUGCAACAUUGCGAGAGUGAGCUUCGCAAACAGCAGGAGCGAGUUCAGCGCAUCAGAGAGGAGCGUGAGCGUAUGUGCGAGGAGGCGCGUCAGUUGCGAGACGAGAAUUAUAGUUUGAUGCACGAUCUGACUCGACUGAGUGAGGAGAAAAACUGCGUGCACAUGCGUAACAGAGACCUCCAGCUGGAGAUUGAGAGACUCAAGCAUAGCUUAAUGAAUGCAGAGAGCGAUUCAAAGAUCCAGCGGAAGAAGACAAUAACCUUGAAAAAUGCCAUGGAGCAGAGGCCAAGUCAAGAGAUGAUUUGGCAGCUGCAGAGAGAAAACGAUCUCCUUACAGCACGUAUUCAAGAGCUUGAAAGUGCUUCCAAAGCCCAAACCACAGAGUGUGAAAAGCUUGAUCAAGAGUCAAUGGAAGAUUUCAAGAAGCAAAGUAAUGCACAAUACCAGGAGCUGGUAUGUGAUCUCUACAAUUUACGAAAUGAUCUGCACGAUACACAAGAGCUAUGUGAUAAGCAUCAAGAGGAGAAGGAUGAGUUAGAUUUGAUGUGCACCACGCUAAAAAAAGACUCCACAAUGUAUCGAGACCGAAUGGAAGACAUAUUGAAGCAGUUGGAAGAUGUCAUUAAAGAAAGAGACAAGGCUAUUGCUACAAGAGAGGAGUACCAUUUGGAGAACUUAAAAAAUCUCCAAGAAAAGGACCAUUACCGCAAACAGAUCAGAGAGAUGGGAGAACGUUAUGAUGAACUUCAAGUUACGUUGUUCCGUACUCAGGGAGAAGUUCUUUCUCUUCAAGCAAAACUCCGCAAACAGAACAAUCCAGUUCAGUUGAACUCUGAAGACUGCUCAUUAGUGAGUUCAUUUGAGCCCUCAACAGGAUUGCUUCCAAUAUUUCCAGAGAUGAAAAGUCAAACAAGUGGGACAAAGUGUAAAAGGGAGACGAGUGAGGAGGCACAGAAUCAAUCUGGAGAGUACAAUCCAUCUAUCUAUUCAACGAGGGCUUUCUCUCCUGAGGACGUUAAAAAAAACUGGAGACUUAGACAUUACAACAGGAGGAAGCCUGCCGUAAGAACAAAAAUGUUCAAAGUUAAAGACAAUGCACAGUGCAUCCUGGACAACACUACUGGGAGUGAUACAGAUGGGAUUUGACACACAACAUGGCAGAUUCAGACUCAGCAGAUGUAUGCCAAUCCUGGUGAUGUGGACUCCUGCAGCUGCUACUGAGUGUUUCCAAAUCAAGAAAUGUUAUUGAAAUGGACUGUCCUUAAGACAAUUACUUCAGUUUACAACUGCUUUAAAAUGUAAUAAAUAUCCCUGAAAGUAA